UCUCAUCGGCGUCUCCCCCUCCGCCAAGUUUCCCGGAAACAUACGGCUUGGAGGAUGCUCCAGGGAUCGGAGCUGGGGCAGCGGGCUGGGAGGCGGGAGGCUGGGCGGCCCUGGUGCCGGCUCCGCAAGGCUUCUGGCUGGCGUCUGCGGGCGGCUCAGCUCGGCCUCACAUCCUUCUCGUCCAACGGCGCGAGGGAGGGGGGAGGGAGGAGGGAGGGGCCGGGCGGUGGGAGGGCGGCAGGCGGAGGCGGGCUCCGAGGAGGGCGGGGAAGCAGCUCCGUGCCGCGCGCCCGCGGUGGCCCAGCGCUCCUCCGGCGCUGCCGCCCCCGAGCCGUCCCCCCCGCAGCUGCGGGCGUGCGAGGUGCCCUUCGCCGAUGCGGGCGGUCGGGCGGCGGGAAGGUGUCGGCUGUGCCAGGCGUCACCAGGGAGCACAGUGUCAGCGGCUCCUCGGGCACCACUGUGCCCAGCGCGGGCGCUCGGCCCCCGGACCCCCGACGCCCCCGCGGGGCAGAAUGCAAAGACCCCGGAGCGUCUCGGGCAGCAGCAGCGCCCCGGCAGCCUCGCUACGCGCCAGGGCUCGUCCGACCUUCCUGCUGCCUGACCCAGCGAGACGCGUCAGGGCUGAAUGUGACCUCCAGACGGAGGCUCGCGGGAGCGGGCGGGGGAGUGUGGCAGAAGCCCAGGUUCGGAAGGGGCGGGCCAACUUGGCACUGGCUUCCCCCUCCCUCUCUCCCCAUCCGUGGCGGUGGCGGCGUCAGCAGCGCCCUCAGCCUUUCCAUCCUGCCCAAGAAACCCAAGGAACGACAGGCCACAGGUCUCCGAAGCACCCCGAUACCCCUGCUUUGCCCCCAGCCCUCGCCCUGGGCCCUGCGGCACACCCUCCAGGGCAGGCAACGGAUCCCAACCACAUCAGGGAUCCGGGACGUCGUCGUCCUGCCUGAGUCCCAUCAUCUGUUCUCUGCAAGGGAGGCCCAAGACGGCUUUUAAGGAUGCCAAUCCAAUCGUGUCACUCCUCUGCUUCAGAUCGUCCAGUGAUGACCCAGAGCUCUUGGAAUAAAAUCCAAAGGCCUCAGCGUGGUGCGUGAGGCCCUGCAGAGCCAGUCCUGCCCCGCUGUCCAGCCUGCUUCCUACCUCUCCCCUCGCUCGCUCCAGCCAC